AUGUGGUUCCUGGUCCUGUGCCUGGCAAUGUCCCUGGGGUGGAGUGGUGCUGUGCCUCCCAUCCAGUCCCCGAUCAGCGGAGGCUCGGAGUGCAAGAAUUUCCAACCCUGGCUGUCGCUCGUGUAUAAUUUCAGUAGCAUCAGGUGUGGGGGCGUCCUGGUGCACCCACAGUGGGUGCUCACAGCUGCCCAUUGCAUGCACAAAAAAUACCAGCUCUGGCUGGGUCGCUACAACCUGUUUAUGGAUGAAGACACUGCCCAGGUAUUCAGCAGAAUUACAAGCUUCCCACACCCGGAAUUCAACCUGAGUCUCUUGAAGAACCACGCCCACCUCCCCGGAAAGGUCUACAGCCACGACCUCAUGCUGCUGCGCCUGGCAGAGCCCGCCCAGAAAACAGAUACUGUGGGGGUCCUGGACCUGCCCACCCAGGAACCCCAACUGGGGAGCACCUGCUAUGCCUCUGGCUGGGGCAGCGUUGAACGAGGUAAGUUCACAUACACCGGCAAUCUCCAGUGCAUGGACCUCAAACUCCUGCCCAAUGACGCGUGUGCCAAGACCCACUCCCAGAAGGUGACAGGUCACAUGCUGUGCGCUGGGCAGUUGGAGGGCAACAGUGACAGCUGCCUGGAUGACUCGGGGGGCCCACUGAUCUGCGAUGGUGUGCUUCAAGGAAUCACAUCCUGGGGCCACAUCCCAUGUGGCAGCCCCGAUAUGCCUGUUGUCUACACCAAACUGAUUCCCUACCUGCAAUGGAUCAAAGAGACCAUGUCGGCCAACAGCUGAAUGCCUCUGACCUUCCCCUCCCCUUAGUUAAAUAGAAUACACAGCAAA